UCGAGAGCUUGGGGACUCUCCUGAAAAAAGAUGCCCUUGGGUCCUGCUGCGCUCCUGGGCACAGAGGAGGAGUUCUGCAUUUUCAGUGGCUCACUGUGACUUUUAGCAAGACCUUAGACCUGCGUCUCUUCACCUGUCAAACGGGGUCGACAGAGCCCUCAAAGGCGCUAAAUGUGAAAGAGGUACGAGACACACAGGCCCUGCGUCUUCCCAGGUGACCACGCCGGCUUCAGGACAUGCACGGGCACAGCCGCAACGGGCAGGCCCACGUGCCCCGGCGGAAACGCCGCAACCGCUUCGUCAAGAAGAACGGCCAAUGCAACGUCUACUUCGCCAACCUGAGCAACAAGUCGCAGCGCUACAUGGCGGACAUCUUCACCACGUGCGUGGACACGCGCUGGCGCUACAUGCUCAUGAUCUUCUCCGCGGCCUUCCUCGUCUCCUGGCUCUUCUUCGGCCUCCUCUUCUGGUGUAUCGCCUUCUUCCACGGCGACCUGGAGGCCGGCCCGGCGGCGGCGGCGGCGGGGGCGGCGGCGGCGGCGGCGGCGGCGGGGGGGGCCCCGCCGGGCGGUGGCGCGGCGGCCCCGGCGGCCCCCAAGCCCUGCAUCAUGCACGUGAACGGCUUCCUGGGCGCCUUCCUGUUCUCGGUGGAGACGCAGACGACCAUCGGCUACGGGUUCCGGUGCGUGACGGAGGAGUGCCCGCUGGCGGUCAUCGCCGUGGUGGUCCAGUCCAUCGUGGGCUGCGUCAUCGACUCCUUCAUGAUCGGCACCAUCAUGGCCAAGAUGGCCCGGCCCAAGAAGCGGGCGCAGACGCUGCUGUUCAGCCACCACGCGGUCAUCUCGGUGCGCGACGGCAAGCUGUGCCUGAUGUGGCGCGUGGGCAACCUGCGCAAGAGCCACAUCGUGGAGGCCCACGUGCGGGCCCAGCUCAUCAAGCCCUACAUGACCCAGGAGGGCGAGUACCUGCCGCUGGACCAGCGGGACCUCAACGUGGGCUACGACAUCGGCCUGGACCGCAUCUUCCUGGUGUCGCCCAUCAUCAUCGUCCACGAGAUCGACGAGGACAGCCCGCUCUACGGCAUGGGCAAGGAGGAGCUGGAGUCGGAGGACUUUGAGAUCGUGGUCAUCCUCGAGGGCAUGGUGGAGGCCACCGCCAUGACCACCCAGGCCCGCAGCUCCUACCUGGCCAGCGAGAUCCUGUGGGGCCACCGCUUCGAGCCCGUGGUCUUCGAGGAGAAGAGCCACUACAAGGUGGACUACUCGCGCUUCCACAAGACCUACGAGGUGGCCGGCACGCCCUGCUGCUCGGCCCGGGAGCUGCAGGAGAGCAAGAUCACCGUGCUGCCUGCCCCGCCGCCCCCGCCCAGUGCCUUCUGCUACGAGAACGAGCUGGCCCUCAUGAGCCAGGAGGAGGAGGUGAUGGAGGAGGAGGCCGCGGCCGCCGCGGCCGUGGCCGCAGGCCUGGGCCUGGAGGCGGGCUCCAAGGAGGAGGCGGGCAUCAUCCGAAUGCUGGAGUUUGGCAGCCACCUGGAUCUGGAACGCAUGCAAGCCACCCUCCCGCUGGACAACAUCUCCUACCGCAGGGAGUCCGCCAUCUGACCUCCAGGCCCCGCCCUCGUCACUUCCCACAGGAGCCUCUGCCCCGCCCCCCCCGGGGGGGAGGGGUGGGACGCCAGGACACGCCCCUCCACGCUCAGGACAGAGCCGACCCUGGCUCCGUGGACCUUCUGGAGGGAGGUGGGGGCUUCAAAGACUGGGGAACCCCUCCCUAUUGACUCCAGAGCCCAGGCCUGGGAAGGGCCCAGGACACCCUCUGCCCUGUCAGCCGACCCGCUGGCGUCUCGGGGACCCCAGACCCACCACCCUUUUCCCGCUGACACUUCAAGGACGUGCCCCCUUUGCUCUCAGAACCUUGGGGAGGGCGGCUGGACUGCUGGGGGGUGGGCAUCACGGGGUUCUGGGGUGGGCAGGGG